CGACAGCGCAACAGAAAAAAUUCUCCUGUGAUCUUUAGUCUUUUACCAUUGACAAACUUUGUGGCUUAAAAGGACCAUCUCUUCGUUUUCUGAGCUGGAGUUUUUCACUCUCACCUUUGAUGCAUGGCCAUAGUCGUUUACUUUGCCUUGUUUUGUUCAUUAACAUUGGGUUUAGUGGCUUGAGAACUUGAUGCAUAUGGAAGACCAGCACCAAGUGACCUGACAUGAUAAAAAUUCAGGAUGUGACAUUCAACAUCAAGCAAAAUUGAAAAUUGCAAAGAGAAGUGGCACUAUCUUUACUAAUCAUAGUGAAGAUGGGAAAAAAUGACAUACCUGAAGCAGAAGUAGGCUGAAAAUACCUUCUUCCCUGCCAGAUCAGGAAUACCACCUGUUCUUGGGAAUAUACUUUAGAGAAACGAAAGGCCAAAACUACGACUCGGCUUUCUGAAACUGAAGCAUAAAUGUCUUUUCCUCCUCCGUUUGUCUGGAUCUGAGAACUUGCGUUUGGUAUUAGCUGGUGGAAGCAGUAUGUAUGGCCGAAGUGCAUUGCUGCAGCUGGUAGCAUGAGUGGUGGCCACCAGCUACAGCUGGCUGCCCUCUGGCCCUGGCUGCUGAUGGCUACCCUGCAGGCAGGCUUUGGACGCACGGGACUGGUACUGGCAGCAGCAGUGGAGUCUGAAAGAUCAGCUGAGCAGAAAGCUAUUAUCAGAGUGAUCCCCUUGAAAAUGGACCCCACAGGAAAACUGAAUCUCACUUUGGAAGGUGUGUUUGCUGGUGUUGCUGAAAUAACUCCAGCAGAAGGAAAAUUAAUGCAGUCCCACCCGCUGUACCUGUGCAACGCCAGCGAUGACGACCAUCUGCAGCCCGGGUUCAUCAGCAUCGUCAAGCUGGAGAGUCCCCAGCGGGCCCCCCGCCCCUGCCUGUCACUGGCCAGCAAGGUGGUUUUCUUCUCGCCCCUAGGACACUCUCCUGUAGGAGAAAUGAGCCAUGUGCACAGAUGCUGGGGAACAAGGAGCAUGUGGUCGGUGCUCUUUGAGGCCCGGAUGGCGGGGGAGCGGGGAGCCAGCGCCGUUCUCUUUGACAUCACGGAGGAUCGAGCUGCUGCUGAGCAGCUGCAGCAGCCCCUGGGGCUGACGUGGCCAGUGGUGCUGAUCUGGGGUAAUGAUGCCGAGAAGCUGAUGGAGUUUGUGUACAAGAACCGAAAGGCCCACGUGAGGAUCGAGCUGAAGGAGCCCCCGACCUGGCCAGAUUAUGACGUGUGGAUCCUCCUGACCGUGGUGGGCACCAUCUUCGUAGUCAUCCUGGCCUCGGUGUUGCGUAUCCGGUGCCGCCCCCGCCACAGCAGGCCGGAUCCCCUUCAGCAGCGAACAGCCUGGGCCAUCAGCCAGCUGGCCACCAGGAGGUACCGGGCCGGCUGCAGGAGGGCCCGGGCCGAGUGGCCAGACUCAGGUAGCAGCUGCAGCUCAGCCCCUGUGUGCGCCAUCUGCCUGGAGGAGUUCUCGGAAGGCCAGGAGCUACGGGUCAUUUCCUGCCUCCAUGAGUUCCAUCGUACCUGCGUGGACCCCUGGCUGCAUCAGCAUCGCACUUGCCCCCUCUGCAUGUUCAACAUCGUAGAGGGAGAUUCACUUUCUCAGUCCCUGGGACCCUCUCCAUCUUACCAAGAACCAGGGCGGAGACUACACCUCAUUCGCCAGCAUCCCGGCCAUGCCCACUACCACCUGCCUGCUGCCUACCUGUUGGGCCCUUCCCGGAGUGCAGUGGCUCGGCCCACACGGCCUGGCCCUUUCCUACCAUCCCACGAGCCAGGCGUGGGCCCUCGGCACCACCGCCUCCCCAGAGCGGCCCGUCCGCGGGCUGCAGGCGAGCCGCAGCGCCUAGCAGCGGGCCAGCGCCCCUACGUGCAGGGCUGGGGGCUGAGCCGCCUCCGGGGCCCGUCGCAGCACCCCACCACCUGCCCCACGCCCCCACGCCGGGCCAGGCCUCACGACAGCAGCGGGUCUGGAGAGAGCUACCGCACAGAACGCAGCGGCUACCUGGCAGACGGGCCAGCCAGUGACUCCAGUUCGGGGCCCUGUCACGGCUCCUCGAGUGACUCGGUGGUCAACUGCACGGACGUCAGCCUUCAGGGCAUGCACGGCAGCAGCUCCACCUUCCGCAGCUCCCUGAGCAGUGACUUUGACCCCCUGGUGUACUGCAGCCCUGGAGGAGAGCCCCGGGGGGAGGAGACUCAGCCUAGCAUGACCUCUCGGCCCCGUUCUUUGGACUCGGUGGUGCCCACGGGGGAAACCCAGGUGUCCAGCCAUGUCCACUACCACCGCCACCGGCACCACCACUACAGAAAGCGUUUCCAGUGGCACGGCAGGAAGUCUGGCCCAGAAACUGGAGUCCCCCAGUCCAGGUCUGCCAUCCCUCGGACACACCUCCAGGCAGAGCCGCCUUCACCCGAUCUGCAAGCAGCCAGAUCCAACCCAGCAGCCCCGUCAGGACAGCUCCCCAACCCACAACGGCCCAGGGCCCUCACCGAGCCAGCCCCUGGGCCAGCCGACGCCUCCAGCCCCAGUCCCGGUCCUAGCAGCCUCUUCCACUCGCAGAAAUCCAGUCUCUCUGUCCGACACCCACAGAGGAAACGGCGGGGGGGUCCCUCCGAGCCCACCUCAGCCUCUCGACCCCAGGACUUGGCUGCACACCCAGCGUGCCAGAUUUUCCCCCAUUAUGGCCCCAGCCUGGCAUACCCUUGGUCCCCAGAGGCCCACCCAUUGAUUUUUGGACCUCCAGGCCUGGACAGGAGGCUGCUACCGGAAACCCCAGGCCCUACUUACCCAAGUUCACAGCCAGUGUGGUUGUGUCUGACUCCACGCCAGCCCCUAGGAACACACUCAUCUGGGGAGGGGCCUUCCGAAUGGAGUUCUGGCACCCCAGAGGGCAGGCCAUGCCCUUACCCACACUGCCAGGUGCUGCCAGCCCAGCCUGGCUCAGAAGAGGAGCUGGAGGAGCUGUGUGAACAGGCCGUGUGAGAUGUUCAGGCCUAGCUCCAACCAAGAGUACUCGCCAGACAACUUGGGGCCCUACCUGGCACAGAGUCCUGCUCCUGAGAAAAGAAAAAACCUCACAGAACACCCCUCUUUUUUGCCAUACUUCCUGGAACCACUGGCAGAGGAGUGGUGAUGGUGGGCGGCAGGAGGUGGUGUCUUCUGCUCCCAGCUCCAGACCUUGUCUGCAGAACCAUCUGCAGUGCAGCAAGUCUGUGUCCAGCCAGGCAACCAGCUACCACUUGCAGCUCCCCUGCAGGCUGGGACUUUUCAAGAGCAGGAAGCUAGGUAUGGGUAGAUAGGUGUUAUAAAGAUGGUGCUCCUUCCCAAGCCCCAGCAGGUCUCCCUCAUUCCAAGCUUCAUGUUCAUACCAGCAAGUGGGUCCAGCUGAAUGCAUGACCCCUUCUCACCUCCUUCCUUGGGAGAGUCCUGCACACCAGCUUUGGCUCCUCCUUGGUAAGGCCGCCACGUCAGUAGCAACCCUGGUUCUUAUCAUUUUCCUUCUUUGCAAAAAGAUCAGGAGCGUAGGUGAGCCCUGAGCCCUAAAAAGAGGGGCUUUGCAGCUUCACCAGGCAGGGCCUACCCUGGUGCAUAAGGGAGGAUGUUUUCCCCUCCUUGUCUGUACUUGUCAGAUCCACUAUAUUAAGUCAGAGGGGAGGCUGAGGUGGUACAGCACUUUGAAGAACCUGGGCUGAUGCCUCUGAUCUUCAAACCCCCUUGUCACUGCAGCAGCCCCAGUUCCUCUGGGGGAGGAGUGAGGGUAGUGGGAAGGGAAUAAUUCUUCCUUGGAGAUCUCCUAUCUCAAAGUCCCAAAGCAGGUGGAAAGAAGAGCAUUUCUGCUGGACUCUACUCAGGAAGAGAGAGGAAGGCAUGAAGUAGAAAAGGCAGAAUUACAGCUGAACAAGGAAUUUUUCUCUGGGCGUUUUUUCUCAGAGCAGGGAUAGGGAACAGGGGAGAACAAAGGAGAAGUAAUAUGGGGCCCUUGGAAUUAGAUGGCCGAGAGGCCCAGCUUCCCAGUUUAAGCCAUGCAGGCCAGAGACACACAGGAAAGAGUGGAGUUGGAGCAGGAAGCCUGGCCUGGGCAGCUGGUGUUGAGUGGGCAAGGGCUGAGGGGCCUCCUCAGGGUGACAUUCACCCCAGGCAGUUGGACCAUUGCUGGCCCCUCAGGCAUUAUCCCAUUUGGAAUGUGAAUGUGGGAGCAAAGUGGGCCAGGACCCCACCUGGGAAUCUUCUUCCCUCAGAGUCAGUGGGGAACUAGCACGUAGGCACCCACGUGGGUAUUUAUAUCUGAACAGACAGAAAGACGCUUGAAUCAGGCACUAUGUUGAGAAAUGUAUUUAUUUGCUAAUAUAUUUAUCCAUAA